UGGUGUUUGAGUUGCGUAGGAAUACAAAUUGAGGGUUUUUAAGUUUGAAGAGGUUGUGCUUCUCUCUCCACGGUUUUGGGGGUUCCGAGGAAACGUUGUUAAGUAUGCAGCUGACACUUGAAUUCGGGGGGGGAUUGGAACUUCUUUGUGACUCUAAGAAGAUUCACAAUGUCAAUAUUGAGCAACACAAUGGAGAAGACAAGUUAAGCAUGAAAGAUUUGCUUUCUUGGAUUCGAACCAACUUGAUUAAGGAGAGGCCUGAAAUGUUCAUGAAAGGAGAUACUGUGAGACCUGGAGUUCUUGUCCUAGUGAAUGAUUGUGAUUGGGAGCUAAGUGGUCAGCUGAAUACAUCACUGGAAGAGAAAGAUGUGGUGGUUUUUAUAUCAACCCUGCAUGGUGGUUAGGGUAUAGGUAAUCGAAUGCUUAAUGAAGUAAUUAUUAUCACUUACAAAACGCAGUUGUUGAGGUCAUUAGUGAACCAUGAUAAUCGAAAAUUUUGGCUAUCAAAUGGAUGAAUCAACUUACAUAGCCUAGUAUGCAAAAUGUUGUUCAGUCUUUACUUUCACUGAAAUCAAAUUUCGGUAUUACACUUUACAGUUUUUGGCAAGGAUGUGAAACUUGUCUGACAUUAACAAUGUAACCUACUCUGCAAGGUCUAAUCCAUGAUUUGCUUCACUAAUGA